AUGCCUCAAAUGAUACCGCAAGUAGUAAGGCUAAAGACAGCUUUAAAGAUGUCUGUACAAAGGCUACGUUAUGCUCAAGAGAAACAGCAAGCAUUAGCUAAGCAGUCACGAAGGGAAGUUGCUCAGUUAUUAUCUCAAGGAAAGGAGCAAAAAGCCCAAUACAGGGUUGAAACAUUAAUCAAUGAUGAUAUACAUAUAGAAUUACUCGAAAUAUUAGAGCUAUAUUGUGAAUUACUUCAUGCACGUGUGUCAAUACUAAAUGCCAUUACAGAUGAAUGUGAUUUAAUAACUCAUCAUAUUGAGGAUGGGAUCAAUGAAGCAGUUCGGGCAAUAGCAUAUGCACAACUGCAUGCACCAGAAAUAAAAGACCUAGUUCAUGUGAAGGAGCUCUUAGUGCACAAGUUUGGUAUAGAUUUCUUGAAAGCCAUUGUGGAGGAUAAGGCCGGUGUCCCUGCGAAGGUAAGUAAGAAAUGCUCACCAUUUCUCGCGGAUUCUGGCCUUGUAACACUAUAUUUGAAGGAGAUUGCAUCUACUUAUGGGGUACCAUUUAGUGGCUUGAACGACAGUACAGCUGAGGAAUGUAAGGACCUAACAGAAACGACUGAGAGCAUUGCUGACUCCGAGCUUGGAGAUAGGAAACCCAUCCUUGCAUUGGACAACGAUGAGCUAGGUGACGAUGAGCAUCCUAUUACAGUUAAGAAGCCAAGAAAGAACAGUGAAACACUUGAUAAGAAACUAGCAAUUCCAAAGUCAAUAGCUAAGGACGUUAAAGUUUCACAUAAAAAAGAAAAAGUCUCUUUAGUUUCCGAUGAGCUAGAAGACCUUAAAAAACGCUUUGAAGCGCUACGUAGAUAG